AGCCAGGCAGCUCUGAAAACCAUGUAUCUUUUACAGAUGGGAGUUGGGUCUCUGGCCAAUGUCAUCCUUUUUUUCUACCACAUCUCUUCUAUAUUGUUUGGAUAUAAGAAGAGACCCACAGACAUGAUUCUCACGCACACGGCUGUGGCCAACCUUCUGGUUGUUCUCUCCUCGGGCAUCCCCCAUACAGUGGCAGCUUUCACGUCAAGGAAGCCCCUGUCUAGUCUCGGCUGCAAAUUUGUGUACUAUUUACAGAAGGCGGCUCACAGCACCACCCUGUGCUCCAUCUGUGUCCUGAGUAUCUAUCAGUCCUUCACGCUCACCCCUGUGAGAGGAGGGAGGUCACUGCUCAGGGGAGGAGCCCCCAGGGUCACAGGUUCUUUCUGCUGCGCCUGUUGGGUAUUCAGUGUUUUAAUGUACAUCUAUGUUCCUGUGAAAAUCACUGCUUCACCGAACAGGCACAAUUAUACGGAUAUGCAGGGCAAUUGGUUCUGCUCGUCCUCAAGUGCCAGUGCAGGGAUUGUCAUCCUGUGGUCCACCUCAGAUGCCGUGUUUAUUGGCCUCAUGGUCUGGUCCAGUGUCUCCAUGGUGCUUCUCCUGCACAGACACCACCAGAGGGUGCAGUAUAUUCACACCCGCACUGGGCACCACAGAUACCCCUCGGAGACCAGAGCCGCCCACACCAUCCUGAUGCUGGUGGUCACCUUCGUCAUCAUCUAUGUGGCGACUUCUAUUCUUGAUUUUUAUAUCACUGCCUUUUUUGAUUUUCGACAAUGGUUGAUACAGACCUCUGAUGUCUUGCUUUCCUGUUUUCCCACCAUUUCUCCCUUCCUGCUGCUCCUCAGGGAUCCUAGAACUGCUAGGAUCUGCUCUUGA